AUGUCUUCCAGCUUCUCUGAUCGCUGGCAAAAGAAGCUAGCAAACGGCGAGCAUUCUCGGACACCUCCACAAGAAGACGUUAUCAACUACAAUCAGGCCUGGUCGCAAGAAACAUUCACUUACGACAAGUCCAUGGGUGCCAAAGUGUCGAGCUUGAACGGCUCGUCGCCCACUCCAUCCGUCAACUGGCCGUUGAGCGAAAAAUAUUAUUCAACCACAGCCAGCACGGGCGACCUAAGAUGCCCUCGAAAGACACUCUGGAGAACUAUCCUGAUUCCAACUGUAGUCAUCAUCUUUCCUAUGGCUUGUCUAGUUGGCGGGUUACUGGGCCUCAUCUUUGGAUAUCGAGUCAAAUCAGAUCCCAGCCUAUUCCCAGAGGUGUCUAACUCGGAUGCAUUGAGAAACCAUGCCGUGGUGCUGGUGAACUACUCGGCCACAAGAAUCGCAUUUGUCGCUUCAUGGGCAUCGACACUCGCUCCUCUGCUCGCGGGCUUCAUUAUGCACUUAUUCAGCUUUCAAAGUGCGCUCACGAUGUUUCACACCUCGUCUGGCAAUGGCCAGCACGACCUACCUACGCCCUACCAGUACAGUCUUCUCGUCGGUCUCUGCCUGGCAUCAACAGGCAGGCUCGGCAGGUACCUCUCUUACUCGGCACAAGAAGGAGUUGUCGUCCCGCCUGUCGUUCGUCGUGCUGCUCGCACAUUAUCACUGACCCUUCUUCUGGCUGUGAUCGUCUUCGGAGCCGACACAGCCUUGCACUACACCACGACCACCAUCAACUUUGAUCGGAUCGCCAUCACAUCUCAAUCUCACGCCUACGGACGCGGUCUUUCUGCCCUAUGUCUCGACCUGAACCGCUUCGACAACUUUGGCCUCCCUUGUUCUCGUAAUGGAGCAAUCGCCCAGAAUGACCCGGAGGCCUAUGUUGCGGGUCAAAAUGAGAUAUUCUUCCUGCAACACGAUACAUCCAAUAUCUCCCAAGUCCGACUUGCGUCGGCACCAGAGCAACACCCAACAUCCGAACAGGGCAAAGUCGCCAUCUUGACACCACAGAUUGCCAAUCUGUCGCCAUACCGUGACUACAGCGCCACCACAGCCGGAGUAGUCACCAUCUGCACCCCAAUCAGUUCUGCAUGCCGGUGGACCACACUUGGACCCAACGAAACAUACAGCCAGUUCAACUGCAGCAAAAACUUUUACGGCAUUCUCGGGAAGGCGCCCAUCACCAGUGAGACUGGCAAGAACCUGGACGACUCUGAUGUGCCAACCCUAGGAUUCAAGCCAGGAUCGGGAUUACAGUACUCCUACUUCAUGGACGAGGACCUCGAUACCCCCUACGACAGCACAGGAGCGUACGGGCCUUUCCUGACGGAUGACCAGCUCAUCAACCCCGUGUAUCUCGGUAUAGCGGGCCGCUUCACGACGACUGCUCAGCGCGCCGGCGUCAGCAUGUCCGGUGACCCGGGCGUGCAUCAGGGCCCUACGCAGAACAUUGACUUUGUCCUACGCUGCCAAUAUACCACUUACUCCGCCGACUACAGCUGGGUCAAUUCGACCGCACGCAUCGACAGGCUCACACCCUCGCCGAACGGUACGCUCGCCGAGAUCUUCCAUGGCUACCGCUUGGUCGGGACCGACAGCGCCUUCGACAAUGACUUGGGAGACGACAUUCUCCAAGCAGCCUUGCAGGCCGACCCGAGGGCUAUGGCCGACAACUUUGCGAACAGCUACUCGCAGCGGGUCAUGAGUGUCAUUGGCCCGUUUCUCUCGAACAGGGCCAACACGCAGGAGCAGAACCGCACGCCGCUCCUGGUGGCCAAGGUGCCAAAGGCGCCCCUCGCGAUUCUGGUCGCGUGCUGCAUUGGCUAUGUCAUUUUCGGCGUUGCCGCCGCCAUACUGGCCUACCGUGCGCUUAACGAUGUCGAUGUGCGCGAUAUCGCGGCCCGGUUCACCCUGUCUGCGUUGAGUUUGCACGCAUUUCGCGAUGCCGUGACGGACAACGUCGCCGUCGAGGUCGACGAUGCUGGACACCGUGUGUUUGACGAGACAAAGAUCCGUGCUGAGACGAGCAGAGUCGGUGUCGAGGGCGAGCCUAGGAACGGCUUCGUGCUUAAGAGUCUGGUCUGA